AUGAAGGACGAGACUGUAAUUUUGGACGAAAACUUUGCCGGUUUUCCGCUCUCUAGCUUUUGCAUCCCUGAACGUUAUGUGCCCCAUCUGGAGAGUGUUCUAGUGCCUAAUGGAAUGAUAAAAGACAGGAUCAAACGGAUAGCUGCAGAGAUUAUCGAGUUUUUUGAGAAGGAAGGCAUUACUUCUGUCUCUAUGUUCUGUGUUUUGAAAGGUGGAUUUAAAUAUUUUUCGGAUCUCAUUGAUGAAAUACAACAAACCAUCUGGUCCAGGAAGUGCAAUAUCUCCCUUCAAAUUGAAUUUGUUCGUGUGAAAAGCUACAUAGACACCACAUCGGGUGACGUGGUGAUUUCGGAUAUUGAGAACUGCAUUUCCAUCAAAGGGAAGAACUUACUCGUUGUUGAUGAUCUCGUAGAUACGGGGAAGUCUAUGAUGAAGUUGAUUGAAUACCUUCAUGGUCUUGGAGCUGCGUCAGUCAACGUUUCUUGCCUCCUACUAAAACGGACUCCUCUCAGUUGCGGUUAUAGGCCAGACUUUCUGGGAUUCGAAGUUCCGGAUCGUUUUAUUGUGGGCUACGCCAUUGAUUACAACGAAUGUUUUCGGGAUCUUUUGCACAUUUGCUCCAUUAACGAGAUGGCCAAAAAGGUGUUCGCAAUGAGCAAACACACCGAGUUGGGCUAUCUGCCGCCUGUUGACAGUUAG